AUGGGCCACUAUUGCCAUGCAUCAGCCACGGAAGUUGUGGUGUCAUCUCAACUUGUUGACUAUUCCUUGAAUUUCACUAUUUACCUGCCUGUCCUCACAUGUCAUGUUAAGCACGUGGGAUACAAGGAAGUGCGAUGGUUCAAGGAUUAUAUUCUAGUAAAGAAAGGAGGAGCAUCACUCCCUGACCACGUGUUGUCCGUUCGAACGUUGUUGGACAAAAACUCCUCGCUAGACAAGGACUCCUCGGACUUCGAACACCCACUGAAACUGCAAGGAUAUUACUGGUGUGCAACAGACUCACCGGUUUACAAAACGAGGAAUAGUUACCUUUUUAAAAUAGCAGAUGUCAACACUUACGUGGGCACCCUUCUAUCAAAGCACGAUUCGCUUGGAGACGACACAUCUCUGACUACAAUGGAAAAAAUUCUAAUAAAGAAAGAAAUUUAUGAGAGAGAACUAUCAGAUUUUUUUUUCGGAUUUCUGCCACCACCUAACACAUAUGUGACAGAUAUAAAAGAAACAGAAGACGGACUCAGUGUUAAGUUCUACUUAUACUACCGGGAGCUUCUAAUGCCUCGUGUACCUACCGACUAUGAAAUAUUGACAGACUGUCACCAUUUAGAAUACAUUCAGGAAUACCUGCGAGGUGAAACUGACGUAGACCCAGACCUCUAUCAAAAGAUGGUAGAUUGGGCUGACUUCAGAGGCAUCUUCAUUCAAGACAUUAAGCUGAAGAGCACCCUGGCUUGUUAUAAUGAAACCCAAUUCAUUAAUGGAACUGAUGGAACCAGAGUUAUUGAAUGGCCUGAAGCAAGAAUCGGGGAGAUAGUCAUUCCCGAAGAGGCCUGCUCAUCAAGAAAUGGACUUGCUGUGACUAGAACUUGUACAGGAGAUUUUUAUACGGGAGCAAAAUGGGGAAUGUCUUCUGGCACAUGUGACAGCCCUCCGAGCGAACUCACUUCUGAUCUUUACAGUUUGUAUGAUGCAUUUGAAAGUCAUACAAAACUCGAGUACAUUGAAACACUGAAAAACUUCACUUCGUCUCCCAAAGAGCUAACAGUCACAGACAUUCAUAUCACCACCAAGAUCCUGAAAAAAAUUUCUGAAGCUGAAAAUUUAGAUGAGAAUGAUUUUGAUGGAAUUUUCUCUAUCAUGAAUAGCCUGAUGCAAACCAACGUGAGCGAACUCGUGUCAGCGAAGAAGAGAAUUCACCUCACGAACAGAAUCAUUGAAAUAAUGGACAACAUCAUGAAAGCUGCCACAGAAGAAGACAAAGAUUUUUUCGUUUCCAAUGCAAAUAUACUAGCAGAAGCCAAGAACACAAAAACAGCGGAUGGGAAGGACCAUAUCAUUGGUGUUGCAGUGUCACCAACAAGCAAGGAGGCAAAACUGUCAAACAGCUCCAUUGAAUUCCUAUUCCAAGGUGAAGAAGAAUCUGCCAAUCGUAAAAGCAUUGCCUAUUUCUUGCUUCCGUCAGAUUUGGUGGAAAGCAGAGAGAGAGAUCAUUCAAAAGUUUGCCAAAUCAGCAUGGUUUUCUUCCGAGACUGGCACCUCUUCCCCCACCCGGAGAAUAUUUUGUCGAAAAGAAACUAUAAAGUACUGUCAACUCCCGUCAUGUAUGUUUCUCUCACUGGAGGCCCAGCAUGGAAUCUAACCAAUCCCGUUCAACUCUUCUUCAAAAAUAUGGAGAAGAAAAGAAUUAAGAAGCCCAUUUGUGCUUAUUAUGACCCUCAGUGGAGAGAUGGCGAAGGACGUUGGAGCACUGAAGGUUGCGAAUACAAAGGUUUAAAGAAAGGAUUUUAUAACUGCCAGUGCCAUCAUCUUUCGAUAUUUUCAGUUAUUUUGUCACGAAAUCCUCACAGCCAUUCAAUUUACAUUUUGGGGCUUGCUGUUUACGUUGGAUGCAGCGUAUCUAUUCUAGCUCUAAGCUUUACAGUAGUAUUAUUCAUCCUUUCAAAACAUUGGCGGAUGACCAUCGAUCACAUUGUUCUUUUCUGCUUGGCUGUCAGCUUCCUGUGCUGCUUGGUACUAAUAAUAUUUAGUGACAUAUGGCAUACCCGAUGCAUGAUUUUAGCAAUGGCACUCCAUUACACAAUAUUUGCCAUCAUUGGUUGGCUUUUGGUUCAUGCUGUCAUCUACAAGCUUAGAUUCGCAAAGAAAUCAGAUGUAUCAGAAAUUCCUUACUUUGCUCUAAAAGCAAGCCUUGCUGUCUGGGGCACACCUGUUGUUAUAGUGUUUAUAAUAUGGGUUAUUAAGGAUUAUGGCACUCAGAAAGAUAGCUGUCUAUUCAUUGUCUCAGAUGUAGCACGCGUUUCAGUCAUUCCCGUCGUCAGUCUGAUGUUGGUGACAUUAUGCGUGCAUUCAUGCGCAGCAUACGCGUUGACUUGCAAGCACAGAAAAGACUUUCUGAUGGCAGAAACACAGUGCAAUGAAUUGGUCAUCAAAUUUCGAGUCACGUUCACUAUUUAUCUAUGUUUCAUUGCCUCUUGGAUAUUUGGCUUCUUCGCUUUGCAGAAACAAUCUCAAGACCUUCGAGUUCUGUUUGCUGUUUGUAUAGUUCUAACAUCUUACUACGUUACACUGUUUUUUGUAUUUCAAGAAGUUUCCUUUUGGGAUUUAUGCAAAAAGUUCAAGAAGAAAGAAUCCGCAAACAUUGAUAUCGUAAAAUAUGAUGUGAAAAAGUACGAAUCUACCAAUCAAGGAUUUGUUGAAUAACUAAUUGAUUAAUUGUAUUUGAUACAGAAUGAUAAAAAUGUAAUAAAA